AUGGAGCAGGGGAGCAAGAAUCCGGACGACCCCGGUCAGCUUCCGCUCCCCUGCGCCAGCGGCUGCGGCUUCUUCGGCUCCCCGGACACCGACGGCCUCUGCUCCAAGUGCUUCCGCGACAGCCUCCGCGGCGCCGAGGCCCAGGCCCAGCUGCAGGCGUCCGCGGAACCCCAAGCGGCGGCGGCGACGUCCAAGGAGGCAGAGGAGGAGGGGGCGCGGAGGGCAAAGGCAAAGGGCAGGUGCGCGUCGUGCGGGAGGAAGGUGGGCCUGAUGGGAUUCGAGUGCCGAUGCGGCGGCGUGUUCUGCGGUGAGCACCGCUACUCGGACCGACACGACUGCUGCUACGACUACAGGGGCGCCGGCCGCGACGCCAUCUCCCAGGCCAACCCCGUCGUCAGGGCUGACAAGGUCGACAAGUUCUGA